UGGCGUGAUGGAGGGGCGUUGAGAGCGCUUUCUUCAAAACCAUCGUACAAUAUCACAUUAUUCUCAAAAUGAUCCGAAGUGGCUGCCAUUUGACCCGUCGCUGCGCGCCCAGCUGGUCGCUCUGCAGUCACCGCGUCACCCAUGGCAACCUGUUCCGGAUGUUCCCGACGAGUUGGUCUGUAGGCCCACGAAUUGUUACGAUGCUCGUUAAGCCCCGCUGUGGGAUUCCUCCAGGAGAACGGGGCUGUCCUAUCCCGGCUACAGUCAAGAUGUUCCGAGUGGCUUCUCCGGAUAUGAUACCAAACUGCUAGUAUUGGAGAAGACUUACUAAGGUCACUCUCCAGGGAUGACAUCAAAGAUUUGUUUCCUGGUCCAGAAAACUUUCUGAGACGGCGGGCACUGUGGCUUCUUGUGAGUGGUGAACAGGUUCAGGCUUCUGUCAGUGAUGUGGACUCGACUAAAUCUUCAUAUACUGCAACCACCGGCCCUCCAGCAGAGGAACAAAACGUCUCAAUAUUUUUGACCAUGUCCAGCCCAGAGUACAUUGUCUAUACAGACAGUGAACUUGAGCAGGCACGUUCAUCCCAUUUUGAACAAAAACGUCUUGGGGCAACACAAACUGCACUAUCCAAGGAGCUCCUCUGCAGACUCAUAAGGAACACUAUGACCAACAUGAUCUCAAUUGCAAGAGCCCUACGGGACCCUAGGUACCCCAGCAGACAUGAGGUCGAUUCCAUGGCUAGGCGAUUGGUGGAGUACUACCCUAUGUUGAAGGACAACUCCUCAGGUGACAAGUGGGUAUGUAAACUUUCUGGUACAAUAUUUAUUCCAUGCAGUAGACUAUAGUUUUUGUUUCCAACAACUGUUGCAGGCACACAUCGCUAAGAAACUCAUGAAGAGACUUUCAAAUGUCAAAAGCCCAAAGAAGGCCAGGUCUAGCCCUUUAAAGAAAAAAGGUCGACUGACAUCGGAUGAGUUUUGUGCAAGUCACUUAAAUACAGACUCUCCUGGGUCAAGCAAUGCCUCUAUGAUCCCGGAGCAGCCUCCUGUUGGGUCCAGCACUCCAGAGACACAGCAGGAAACUACUGAAGAUGAUGCAGUGGGUUCUACUGAACUGCUCGACAGCCAGAAGAACCAGGCCAGACACUAUAAAACCCUCCAAGACAUGUACAAGUCUAAGAAGCCAAACAAAGCAGCAGUAGCCCAUCUACUCAACCUUGAGUUAAACUCAAGAAGACGCUUUAUUACGUCUGAUGUUUUAAAGCCACAAGAAAGACCAACCCAAAUUUUAGAAGCUUACCCAUGUUUCAAAGAACUGGACCAUGUAAUGGAUGAGAUGCAAAGGAUUAUCCAACCAAACAAUGGCAACUACAUUGGAGAGAUUAAGGACAGAUGGGACAACUUUUUCUCAAAGGUCCAGUUCUAUGGUGUGAUGAAGAAAGCCAUGAAGCCUCCAAAGACCUUAAAUGGAGUGGAACACACCUUAGCAGUGUUUGCAGCCCUGCCAAGUCUCUUUCCAUCGAGUACACCUCCACCAAAGAAGUUGGGUCCUUGCAGUGAAGCACUAUGUCACGUAAUUAAGACAGCUGAGGACCCUGAAGGAUUUUUGCAUCAGCGAACCCUGUCUUGCCCAGUGUUGCUCAUAAGUAAGGACAACUGCAUGAUUGCAAUUGGCAGCACUCCAGUGACAACUUUUGCAACCGCAGAGCUGAAAGAAGGACUGUUGUACCUGAUGGCAUAUUACUAUGCAUUGCACCUUUCAUACCCAAAGUGUAUUUCCACCUUGCUGCUCGUACUGCAAACAGAAAUACAUCAAGACUCCAUCCAUGCUCAAGAUGCUAACUCCACAUACAAAAAGGCUCUUGCAGAGUGGAAGUCUUUCAUCGAGUGAGUGCACCUGUUCACUUUCAUCAUUCAUCAGUUCAGCUUUGUAUGUUGUUUCAAGCUUCAGAAACCAUUGUUAAGUUGUUAAGAUUCUUAAA